UUCCUUACUUCUGCUCUCUUUGACCUGCAGCAAAGAAAAGCAAACAACAAUGUCCACCAUCGAGCAUUUAGGCUGCCAUUACUGCAAAGACUCCCUGUUGGGAAAGAAGUAUAUAAUGAAAGAGGACACCCAGUACUGCACUAAGUGCUAUGAGAACCUGUUCGCUAACUGCUGUGAGGGCUGUUCUUCACCAAUUGGCUGCAACGCUAAGGACCUGUCUUAUAAGGAUCGUCACUGGCACGAGCAGUGCUUCAAGUGUGCCAUAUGCGACCGCUCUCUUGUAGAAAAGGCUUUUGCCGCCAAGGAUGAUUUGCUGCUCUGCACAGAAUGCUACGCCAAUGAUUACUCCUCCAAGUGUACCACCUGCAAGAAAACCAUCAUGCCAGGUUCCCGCAAAAUGGAAUACAAGGGAAACAGCUGGCAUGAGACCUGCUUCCUGUGCCACCGCUGCCAGCAGCCAAUAGGAACCAAGUCCUUCAUCCCCAAAGACACCGGGUACUUCUGUGUGCCCUGCUUCGAGAAGCAGUUUGCCUACCAGUGCUGUGCCUGUAAGAAGGCCAUCACAACAGGUGGUGUGACCUACCAAGACAAGCCCUGGCACCGUGAGUGCUUCCUGUGCAUUGGCUGCAGAAAGCAGCUGUCAGGUCAGCGCUUCACCUCCAGGGAAAACUACCCCUACUGCCUCGAGUGUUUCAGCAACCUGUAUGCAAAGAAGUGUGUGGGCUGCACCAAACCCAUCACCAGUUUGGCAGGGGCAAAGUACAUUUCUUUUGAAGAACGCCAGUGGCACAGCGAGUGCUUCAUGUGUGCGCAGUGCUCCGUGUCACUGGUGGGACGCGGCUUCCUCACCCAGCGUGACAACAUCUUGUGCACCGACUGUGGCAGAGAGAAAUGAUGCUUCCAUGAAGAGGUCACGCCUUUAUCCAAAUGACAAGUUUUCCUAUUCUAAUUCAGAUACUGUUUUCUUGUUUGCACGCCUACUGCAUAAAUAUUAAAUGCUUAUUUUAGUGGCAUGAGCAUUAGUUCUUUCACACUACCCACACACAAUUAAACUGUGAUGCUUUCAUAACAAUGUGUAUCGUUAAAGUUAGGACACCAUAUGCUCCUUAAAAUUUAAAAAUCAUGUUUUUCUCCUCACAUUCUUUUAGUUCUGACAAAAAUAAAAGGAUGCUGCAUAUUAGAGCUGGCAGUGAAUUUGAUACUUGUGACAAGUUUUGGGCAACAUGGGCAUUAUUCAUUAUCUUCUGACCUUUUAUGAAGACUAAUGGAGAAAAUAGUUCUUUCCUU